AUGAAUAUGUUGGAUGAUGAAGAUGACCAAAGCUUUCACGCUACGCGUGACGGCUACUCCCAUUUGAGCGAUGUCGAAUGGGAUGCGGUUGAACGAAUGGGUUCGACCAUGGGCAUCCAUGCUGUUAGCGUCAUGCUAGAGGCUCUCAAUAGAGAUGCCCAACAUGCUUCUAUCGCCAAGUUCAUUCAAAAUGAACUUGACGCCGAACGCGAGAAAGUAGCCUUGCUUCACCAACAAGGUUCUCAACAAGCAGAGUUGUUGAGAGAACAAGGUGCUCAACAGUUUGAACUGUUGAGACAGCAGCAAGCUGCUGCUGGCGGGUCGAUGCACUCGCGUCGGCCCGAGACUUUGAAGAUUGACAUCUCAAAGUAUAGGGGGGUCGAAGAAGACUCCCUCUUGAGAUGGUUCGUCGAAUUGGAUGACGCCAUAAGGGCGCGUCGCAUCGACGACGGGGAUAUGCAAGUUGCAUUUGCCCAGUCAAAUCUGGCAGGACGUGCCAAGACUUGGGCACUGGGGCUCAAGCUGCACGACCCAUAUGCGUUUGGGUCGUUGGAAGUCUUCAAGUCGCGGCUCAGACAAACGUUUGAACCGCCUAGAGCUGAGUUCAGAGCUCGAACCGAACUCUUGAAGCUCAAGCAGGGUAAGCGUGAUGUGCACGCUUACGCUCAACAUAUACGACAUCUCACGAGUUGUAUAAGUUCCAAUCCGGUGGAUGAACACACGUUGGUUUCGGUGUUCAUGCAGGGUCUUGCGGAUGGUCCCGUCAAGACUCACCUGUUCCGGCUUGAACUAGAUUCACUAGAACAAGCCAUUUCAAUUGCGGAGCAGGAAGACUUCAGUCUGAGACAGGCUCGCGCCAGCUCGACAUCAUAUCGUCAACCGAGACGAUAUGACAACGGAGGAUCCAGAGCCGAUGGAACUCUGUUAUGUAGAGAGCGAGAAGGCUCGCUCUACAGGCUACAAGAAGUUGCAGAGAUGCAACAGAUGUCAAAAGACAGGACACUACGCUUACGAGUGUAG